AUGUUGACGGUCGAGAAGCAGUGGAUUAAUGUGCAGCAAAAGACCUUCACCAAAUGGUUGAAUGACAAGCUGAAGGCACGGAGCCUGUCCAUCGAGGACUUGGUCACUGACCUCUCCGACGGCGUCAUUCUCAUCCACCUCCUGGAGAUCCUGGGAGGAGAGUCCUUAGGUCGCUAUGCGUCGAAACCGAAACUGCGCGUGCAGCGAUUCGAGAAUGUCAACAAAAGUCUGGAUUUCAUCAAGGGAAGGAGGAUCCAGAUGACAAACAUUGGAGCGGAGGAUAUCGUGGAUGGCAACCAAAAAAUUAUCCUGGGGUUGAUCUGGACAUUGAUUCUGCGAUUCACCAUCAGCGAUAUCAACGAGGAGGGCAUGACCGCCAAGGAAGGUCUGCUCUUGUGGUGUCAACGGAAGACGGCCUGCUACGAUGAUGUGGAAGUCCGGGACUUCUCUACUAGCUGGAACAACGGUCUGGCCUUCUGUGCGCUUCUGGAUAUUCACCGGCCCGACUUGAUCGAUUACGAGUCCCUCGAUAAGAGCGACCACCGCGGAAACAUGAAGCUGGCCUUCGAGAUCGCAUCCAACGAAAUCGGCAUUCCAGACCUCCUCGACGUGGACGAUGUGUGUGACGUCCCUAGACCGGAUGAGCGCUCUCUCAUGACCUACAUUGCGUACUGGUUCCAUGCCUUCUCCCAACUUGAGAGGGUCGAGAAUGCCGGGCGACGAGUGGAGAAGUUUGUGAACAAUAUGCACGGCGCAUGGGAGAUGCAAAACUCAUAUGAGCGUCGAGUCAAGGAGCUACUGCGACUGAUUCGUGGCCAGCGGGACCACUGGAAGGGCUCCUCUUUUGAGGGAACCUAUAAAGACGUCAAGGAACAGGCCUAUCAGUUCUCCCUCUACAAGCGAACCGAGAAACGCCAAUGGGUGGCUGAAAAAUCCGACCUGGCUGCAUUGCUGGGAAAUAUCAAAACCAAGCUGGGCACAUAUCGACUUCGUCCUUAUGAUCCACCCGAGGAACUGAGCCCAGAGAACUGUGACAGAGAAUGGGAAAUCCUCACUCGAGACGAGCACGAACGCAGUCAACUUAUCAACGAAACAUUGCGCGAUAUCAAGAACAAGCUACGCCGCUCCUUCGCUGACAAGGCGAAUGAUUUUGCGUUGACGCUGAAAACUUUAUCGCUAGCCAUCUCUGGACUGGAUGGCGACGUCGAGGACCAAUUAGAUCAUGUCAAGAGAUUGAAUGACACCCUACCACCUCUAGAUGCUUUCCUCGACACUAUCGCAGAACUGGAUCAACAGUGUGCUGAAGCCAACAUCGAAGAAAACGACUUCACUACAUAUACCUUGGACGAACUUGCAUAUGAAUUGAGUCUCGUCAAGUCCAGCAUUUCCAAGAAGCUGGCCUUCCUCGACAACCAAAUGGUUGCUCGAAGCAUGACCAACCUGACUCCCAUCCAGCUGGAAGAGUUUGAGUCGGUCUUCCGCCAUUUCGACCGCGAUGCCUCCAACACUCUCCACGAACUUGAAUUCUCAGCGGCCUUGGCCAGUCUGGGAUUGGUUUACGACGAAGAGGAGAUGCACCAGGUCUACGUUGAAGUGUGUGGACCUAACCGCCUGUCACAAAAUGCCGGCGUGAGCUUCGAACAGUUCAUCCGGUUUAUGGUCAGUGUGACCGAGGAUCAAAACACGGCCGAGCAGGUCUUCCAGAGUUUCAAGGAAGUUGCCGAUGGAAAGCCCUACGUGACUGAGCUUGACCUCCGCCAUUCUCUCAUCCCCGACGAAGUCAUCGAGCAUUUGGUCAAGACGAUGCCCACGCACGAUGGCCCCGAUCUCCUUGAGGAUCGAGACUUGCCCAAGUAUGACUAUAUCAGCUUCAUGGAGAAGAUGCGAGAAGAAGGCAAAAAGAAUGGCGAUCAAUAA